GGGUUUGAGGUUUUUGACAGCAGAUGGAGCCACAGUGUAGGGGCUAAUAUUUUAAUUGACACAAGUCCCCACACUGAAGGAACAAAGUUAAGACUGUUGUACAAGUUAUAAGGAGCCAAACGCGGAUUGGAUGCAGUGUGCAACCAAUGGGAGUCAGUCUGUGCAGGAAAACAAUAGUCCAGAAGGUCCGUGUGAAGUCAAGGCUAUUUUUGGUGGGGCCCGCCUUGCUUCCUAUUUCUGUCAGCAGGAGAGCGGAGGAUAGGGGGCAGGACUUGAGGGGCCGGACUUUCUUUUUUGCAACUUGCCUCCGAUAAGUCUCUUUUCUUUUCCUCCUCCUCUUCUGUACUGUCUACUGACAACACCAGCGGAGCUCACCAUCACCUCCCGUCAGGUUUUCGCUCUACUGGAUGCUCAAAGGCUUCUUUAGCUGGAUUAUCUUCAAGUGUUUGGACUUAGACUGUUUCAAGAGCCUGUUAGGUGUCAACGGGUUCUAAUUUACAAGAUGGAAUCAGCACCUCUGGGAACAUCAUAAAGACAGGCAGACAGGACAACAUAGUUCACACAGUGGUAGAUUCCUCGGUGGCAGUGCUGGUGUCGUGCACGACCUUGUGUCCCAUGGACCUCAGGGUGGGAGAGCGGGGGAUGCGCCCUGGUUCAGACACGGCGCUCCUCACCCCACUGCACCCGCCUUUACUCCUCACCCCAUUCUCUCCUCAGCCCCGCACCUCCUUCUCCCAACAACAAUUGCACCAGCACAUCAGGUUUAACAUGGAGCAGAGGAGGCGAGAGCAGGAGCACCACGAGAAACAACAGGAGUUGCAGCAGCUAAAACACAAAGACAAGAGUCAACAGAGUGCGGUGGCCAGUUCCGUGGUGAAACAGAAACUCCAGGAGGUGAUUCUUAAGAAGCAGAAACAGGCAGCGCUGGAAAGAACAAACUCCAACACUCUGACUGCACCUCCUGUAGCAUACAGAAAGCUGGGCCCAGACCCGAGUGUAUCCUCCCAGCCUCUGGUCUCGUCUCCGUCACAGCCUUCAUCUGAGGGUUCAGAAGGGACGCCGCUACGCAGAGCAGCGUCUGAGCCCAAUCUGAAGGUGAAACACAAGUUGAAGAAACACCUAAACACCCGCAAGAGCCCGCUCACCCGCAAAGAGAGUGCCCCGCCCACUGUUAAACACAGAGUACCUGACACACUGGACUCGUCCCCCAGCAGCAGUAGCACUCCAGUCUCUGGCUGUAGUUCUCCUAAUGACAGUCUGCCCAAUGAGAAUGGGCUACUGCCAUCUGCAGGCGGCCUCUCACAUGAGGCCCAGAAGCUGCUGCUCAGAGAUGGCACUCUAGCUAACUUCACCAUCCAGAGUCCCUCCACUCUGCCCACCAUCACCCUGGGACUACCAGCCAACGCAAGGGCUGAGGGAGAGCUGUCCUCUCUGAAGGUCGGCCGGUUGCCAGUGGUUACAGCCGGGGGCUCACCCGUCUUCCUCCCCCUGAGCAGAGAGGAUCAGGCUGGACAGCUGAAUCCUCACCUGCCUGUCAUCAUCCUGGAGCCCUCUGGACUGGUACACACUCCUCUACUCACUGUUCCAGGCCUAGACCCUGUCCCACUACAGUUUGCCCCCCAGUUAGACCACCUGGCACCUGGAGGCGCUCAGCCCCACAAGCCCCUAAGCAGAACACGUUCAGAACCCCUCCCCCAGAGCCCGCGGACCCUUCACACACAUCUCCUCCAACAACAGCACAACACACAACUACUGGAGAGGCUCAAACAGCAAACUCACCUGGGCAAGCUGAUGUCUAAGUCCAGUGAGAAGCCCAGACUGCAUCAGAUCCCCUCUGAGGAUAUGGACUCAGAAGAUGGUGGCAGGACGUCGCCCACAGAGCCAACCUAUCAGAGCAGAGCGAGGGCAGGGUCACUGAGGGAGGCAGGGCCAACAGCAUCCAAGAGCCACGAAGAGCAAAUGAACCUGCAACAUGCGCUCAUACUCAACCAGUCGUUGCUAUGGGAACAGCAAAAGCAGCUGCAGCAGCUGCAUCGACAGAUGGAGACCCUGGCAGUACCCAUGUUACGCGGCAGCGGUGGGGUUGGUAGUGGGUUGGGUGUCCAUCGCCCCCUGUCACGUACACAGUCAUCCCCAGCCUCCACCUCUCUCACUCUGCCUGAGAAACCUUUAAGUCUUGCUGCACAGGACACCAGCAGCAAACCACGCUUCACCACUGGCCUGGUGUAUGAUUCUCAGAUGCUGAAGCACCAGUGUACAUGUGGAGACAACAGCAGUCACCCAGAGCAUGCUGGGAGGAUACAGAGCAUCUGGUCCCGACUACAGGAGAGAGGCCUAAGGGGACAGUGUGAGAGUAUCCGUGGUCGUAAAGCCACUCUGGAGGAGCUGCAGUCAGUCCAUACUGAGCGCCAUGUGUUGCUCUACGGCACCAACCCGCUCAACAGACUCAAACUGGAUAAUCGCAAACUAGCUGGAAUUCUCUCUCAAAGGAUGUUUGUGAUGUUACCAUGUGGGGGUGUAGGGGUUGAUAAUGACACCACCUGGAAUGAGUCACACACCUCUACGGCAUCACGCAUGGCAGCAGGCAGCGUUGUUGAGCUGGCCGUCAGAGUGGCCAAAGGAGAAUUAAAGAACGGCUUUGCUGUGGUCAGACCGCCAGGGCAUCACGCAGACCCCUCCAAUCCAAUGGGUUUCUGUUACUUCAAUUCUGUGGCCAUAGCUGCCAAGCAGCUCCAACACAAGCUCAGCGUCAGCAAGAUCCUCAUUGUUGACUGGGAUGUUCACCAUGGUAACGGCACCCAGGAAGUGUUCUACUGCGACCCCAGCGUUCUCUACAUCUCGCUUCAUCGCUAUGACGACGGAAACUUCUUCCCUGGCAGUGGGUCGCCAGCUGAGGUUGGGUCUGGAGCAGGUGAGGGCUUCAAUGUGAAUGUGGCAUGGACAGGAGGACUGGACCCACCCAUGGGAGAUGCUGAGUACCUCGCUGCAUUCAGGUCUGUGGUGAUGCCCAUCGCCCAGGAGUUCUCUCCGGACGUCGUUCUUGUGUCGGCUGGGUUUGAUGCCGCCGAGGGCAACCCUGCUCCUCUGGGAGGAUACAAGGUCUCUGCCAAAUGUUUUAGCUUCCUGACCCGCCAGCUAAUGUCUCUAGCAGGGGGUCGUCUGGUUUUGGCCCUUGAGGGAGGUCACGACCUUACAGCUAUCUGUGACGCAUCUGAAGCCUGUGUCAGUGCACUCCUGGGCAUACAGGACCCACUGCCAGAAGAAGUCCUACUCCAGAAGCCCAGCACUAACGCAGUCCGCUCCCUGCAGACUGUCAUACAGAUACAAAGUCAGUACUGGCAGAGUGUAAAGGCUCACAGUGGAUCAGUGGGUCUGUCCUACCUGGCUGCUCAGAGAAGAGACUGUGAGGAAACAGAUGCUGUCAAUGCUUUGGCCUCACUCUCUGUGGGAGUACUUUCCAACAAGAGCCUCCCUGAUGAGCCAAUGGAGCAUGACAGUGACUCCAUGUAGAAGAAUACGACCAAUCACCUCACGGAACUCACUUUCAGGAAUUGGGCCCCACCUGUAGCCUGGGAUCUCCUGCGCUGUCACAUGACCAUGAAGGGGACGUGUUUGUAAUACCACUGAGCCCCACCCAUCUGCCUUAUUCACACACAUGCACAUCCACUAACACACAAUGCUGAACCUCUACAGACUUGCAGUAUGAGCACCUCAAUGCUGGUAACCACUCAGCUGAAGCCAGCAGCACUACCUGCAGCUGGGAAACCUUCUGAAACCUCACCAAAGAGCAAUACAAGAUGAUUUUUAAUAGAUUUUUCACAUCUCCUGACUGACAUCGGAUUGUGUGUGUUCAGAGGUCCAGUGCCACAGCUCUGUGACCACAAACUUUAUAGGAACAGACAGAAUUCAGAUGCAGAGUCCACCUCUGAUUCUUCUUGAAGCACUAUGUACCAGCAGCUGUUUUGUUGCCUUAAGUUUGCCUUAAUGGAAGGACCAACAUCAGGUUUCAGAAGGAGGAGACUUUGGAUUACAAAUUCCUUUCUCUUCUGCCACUUUGCUUCCCAUAUCAGAGUUGAAGCAAAUGUAGACCAAAUGGGAUGCAAAAUGACUAACACAGAAUUAACCUAUGACAUCACGUGAAAGCUUAUACGUAUACAUCUGAUGGAUAAGAUGCAAAAAUAUCAAUAUGAAGAAGUGGCCACAUCAUAAAGAAAGAAUAUGGAAAAAAGACACAGAGAUUGUCUGUUUUAAUGAUGUCAUUACAUGCAGUUUAACCACUAGAAGAAGACAACAAAGAACUCGAGGGAAAGAGAGAAAAUGAAGACACAAACUGUGGUUUUGUACAAACAAAGAAAGGGCAAAUGUCCUUGUUGUUUUAUUGCACUGUUCAUUCCAUAAUGUGAACCAUAAGAAAUUCCAAAGCUCUGGGAAAAAAAAACAACUCCUCUCUGUAGGUUAUUUAAUAGUUUUUUUUUUGACGAUUUGGAUGAAAUUGUGUUUGCUAUAUUUUUCCCACUCUUCAUCUGAGAUGUCUUAUGUAGUCUCUGACUCACUCCAAGGACAUGUAUUGGCCGAAAUACUGUAGAGUUGAAUUUCUUAUGAAGUUAAUCUGAAAAGUAGGCAAGAUUUUCAGAGCAGGAUUAUUUUUCACUGCUGUUCAGUGUCUUAAAUGCACACACAUACACAUACAGUAUAAAUACACACACAUGUACAAAGCAAAGAUGAACUAUUGAUGUACCACUAGUAUUGAAUACUGUAUAUUAUUGUUUAUAUUUGAGACUAAUGUGUGUUCAUUCCACCGUGGGACCACUGAGGACCAUUGUAUUGUUCUAUAGUAGCAAUAAUGUUAAUGCACUUAAUGGACAUCACCCAAAGAAAACCGCCUUAAAACGGCCUAGGACUGUAUGGAAGCAACACAAGGGACCAGUAUGGAUAAUGCUCUUACAGUGACUCUACUUUCAACAGACAUUAUUUGAACCUGUGGAUUUAGGUGAACAUCAUAUAUGCAGACUUUUGUAUAUUGUUUGUUUUGAUGAUGUCUGCAGUGACCUGGCCUGGUUUGAAUGUGUUCUUCAUUAUCUAAAAAAUCAGUUUUGGAGUUCCAGGCUUUAUCACAGUCUAAUUAAGGAAACUAAUGCACUGUGUUUUGUUUGGAAGUGAACUUGAGUGUUUUUCCAUAUGAGACUGUUCUCUGCAACUGUGUUAAGUAGCAGCUCUUCUUGUCAUGUUACAAUCAACCUAGACAAUGCCAUGCUAAACAUGACAGACCAUCAUCUAAGCUGAUUUGUAGUAGAGGUCAUGUUGAUCAUUCAUUUGAAGAAUUUUCUGACUGCCCUGCUAUACAGGCAUGUAAGGGCUCUGCAUUCCAAAAGUAAAAAUAACAAGAUCAUAUUUCUUAGUUUGGAGGUUACUGUGCAGCAAAAUGAAAAUUGUCUGUUUUCAUGCACACUAGGUCUGACCUUUUGAUGAACAAUACUAAUAUUAGAGAUAACAGAUAACUAAAUCUGACUAAAUUUGUGGCCAAAAUAAAGCACAGUUCUGUUUUUUCUGUUUUUUCCUCCACGGAUUUUAGGGUGUUAAAGCUUCUAAAAAGCAUCUAGACACUAAAACUGUCCAAUGAAACUGAGACUAAUGAAAUUCAUAUUUGACUAGUUAGCCAUCCAUGAUUAGUUUUAAAGCAGCACAACUCUUGAUUUGGUGUUUGUGUGUAAAUGCAGCUUUUGUAAAAUUUAGUUUCAUUUGACUGGCCAAAGGAAGUAUUGUCAGUUUAGCAUCCAGGCAGGAAACUGUAUUCAGUGUUCAGUUUGCUUUAGUCAGAUCCUGGGCAUCGUCUGUCCAACAGAAGGCCUCUGAGCUUUUAUAUUAAAAGUAGGGAUAGAAACCAAAAGUUAAGAUUUUGCCAUUGCAGAAGUCCCACUGCUGUUGCACUACUACUCCAUACCAGUAGGAAUUACUAAGAAAAUGUUGCAUGGAUGAUUGGUGUUCUAUAAUUGGUGCAAUUAAAAAGUGUCAUUCUUUUAGUGUUGUUUAUAGUAUUCUUAACAGCAAGUGACGGCAUUUAAACAAUAUGCUGUGUCUCUCUUAAACAGCGUGCCCAGCAGGUGCAUGUGGUGUCUAUGAAGUAAAUGUUGUCCGAUGUGUCAAUGAGUGUAUGUGUGUGUGUAUGAGUGUGUGAGAGAGUGUUGGUGAUUGCAUGUGCACUAGUACAUAUGUAGACUUCUGUCAUGUGUUUUGUUAAUGCAUUUGCAAGUGUUAGUACAUGUGUGUGUAUGUUUGUCCGUCAAAUACUGUAAAUGACCUCUCCUGUAUUAUAUUCCAAGUGGCUGUUGUUUGUUUUGUUUUAUGUAGAGGCCAGUAUUGCCUCAACUCUUAAUUCCCUUUAUUACUGAUGUCAUUUGUACCUUCUUAAAGAAAGACACUGUAAAUAGAAACUCCAAGACCAAAAUACACAUGUCACACAUGUGCCUUGAUGCAUUCAGUAGUAUGUGUAUUGGUAACUCUUAACUAACUGGAUUUACAGUAACUCUGUAUCUAUAAAGAUGACAUUGAAAUCUUUGUUUCAUUCUAUUCUUUAUUAUUUACCUGUAUGUGUUAUUGUUCCUUCACAUUUCCUACCAUGUUUAUGUAUAGAAAGAUUGUCUAUUUUGUACUGUUAUUUUUGUCUCUUCCUCUUGAUUAAAAAAAUAAUUUCCAGUAUAAGUCAA